AUGUUUCCUGCUGGCCCUGCUCCGUGGCCGAGGCUCCGAGUCCCGCGGGCGCUGUGGGCACUGCUGGUGGUGCUGUUGGCACCGUGGAGGUUGUGGGCGAUACAGGAAACCCAGGAGUGCACCUGGCAGGUUGUCUUGAACAACUUAGAAUCAGUAGGCAAGAACGACGCGAUCGAUCAUUUCGUCGAUCAAGAGCUGUACACAGUGGACAAAGUGUUCGACCUGCUAGUGGACGCACCCAUCGACCCGGACGAGACAUACCUGGGCUUUCCUUACUACCUGAAGAUCAACUACUCCUGCACAGGAGAUUCCUCCGAGGCCCUGGUCCGCAAGGGCCAUCUGACAGGGCUGAAGCCGGUGGUGCUGGUCACCUUCCAGUCCCCAGUCAACUUCCAUCGCUGGAAGAUAGAGCAGCUGCAGAUCCAGAUGGAGGCAGCCCCUUUCCGCAGCCCAGAGAGAUGUGACGCAGAGGAGGUGUGUCUCAUGAGCUGGUACACGCCCAUGCCCAUCAAGAACGGCAGCGUGGUCAUGCGCGUGGACGUUAGCAGCAAUGGCCUGGGGCCCUUCAUUCCCAAUAAAAGGUUUCGUGUGAACAUUAACGGCUUCCUGGACAGACAGCGAGACCAGGAACUCCAGUUCACUGUGGGAAAUGAGCUCUUCCAUCUGAUACCCCGGUACUUUGUGAAUGUCCCGUCGAGGCCACUGUGGUAUACUGUGGACCAGACACCUGUACUCAUCCUGGGUGGCAUCCCUGAGGAGAAGACCGUCCUACUGACUGACACAAACUUCAAGGACUUCUUUCUCGUGGAGCUGAGCAUUGACAGUUGCUGGGUAGGCUCCUUCUACUGCCCCCAAGCCAGCUUUACCGCCACCAUCUACGAUGCCAUUGCCACUGAGAGCACCCUCUUCAUCCGGCAGAACCAGCUCAUCUACUAUUUCACAGGCACCUACACCACACUCUACGAGAGCAAUCAUGGCAGCGAGAGAUGGGUUCGAGUCCUGGCUAAUGAGUGCAUCAAGAGGUUGUGCCCCGUGCAUUUCCAUAGCAAUGGCUCCGAGUAUGUGAUGGCCCUCACCACUGGCAAGAACGAAGGUUAUGUCCACUUUGGGACCAUCACAGAUGGCCUCGUGUCCUUCAAGUUGUUGCCCAGGAAUCGGUCCGUGUGCAGUGCAAUUCUAGUUGUCAACUGCUCCAUCACCUGGGCUGUAUUCGUUGCUGGUGACUACAAUCUACUGAUGCUGGUGGAGAUUGUAGGCCCUACCUCCUCGAAGUAUUUCCAGGUGGUCAGCUAUGACCUAGUCAGUGAUCGCCUGGUUGUCCUCUACACCAUCCCAGAAUUCAUCCCUGACGCUCGAGGCCUGGAGUUCCUGAUGAUUCUAGGAACAGAGUCCUAUACCAAAUUUCCGAUGGUCCCCAAGGGCAUGUCCUACAACCCGUAUAACAACCUGCUGCUCAUCUGGGGCAACUUCCUCCUCCAGAGUUUUAACAGUGAAAACUUCAUUUACCUGGCGGACUUCCCCAAGGAGCUGUCCAUCAAGUACCUGGUGAACUCGUUCCAAGGGGACAUGGCCAUUGUCACCGAGAACGAGGAGAUCUGGUACCUCCUGGAGGGCAGCUACCAGGUGUACCAGCUAUUCCCGUCCAAGGCCUGGGAGGUGUACAUCAACCUCCAGGUUCUUCAGCAGUCCUCUCUCUACGCCCCCAAUGAGACCAUGGUCACCCUCUUCUAUGAAGACAAAAAACUGUACCAGCUGGUGUACCUGAUAGACAACCAGCAGGGCAGGCUCGUCAAGAGGCUCAUGCCCGUGGAGCAGCUACUGAUGUACCAGCAGAUCAGUGACGACUAUGUCUUGGAGCGGCAAGGGAGCCACCUGACGCUGUCCUUCUCCAACUUCUGCCCCUUCACGGUGAUGCAUCUGCGGGAGCUGCCCAACCCGCAGAUCUACACGCGCCAGGAGCGCUACCGCGCCCGGCCGCCGCACGUCUGGGAGCCCUGGGGCUUCCACAGCGAGAACUCGCUGGCUGUCUAUCAGGGCCUCGUCUACUACCUGCUCAAGCUGCACUCGAAGUACGACAAGCCAUACGCGGACCCAGUGCACGACUCCACCUGGCGCUGGUGGAAGAACAAGAAGCAGGACCAGGAUUACUACUUCUACCUGGCCAGCAACAGGCGGAAUGCAGGCAGUGUGCACGUUGACAUGACCAGCUACGAAAAGAUCUACGACCUCAAGGCCGAGAACGAGCUGCCCGAGCGCAUCUUCCUGGACAAGGGUACCAGCUACAGCUUCUCAGUCUUCCUGACUGCCAGGAAGCCGGAAGUCCAGCACGGCCCCUCCUUCCAGGUGCUGAGCCCGUUGGAUCUGGCUGUGGUGCUGGCGGACCCCGACUGCAUUGAGGCGGUGGUGAAGGAGAAGGUCCUUGUUAAUCGCAACUCGGUGCUUUUCUGGGUUACGCUCAGUGAUAAAAGGUCUUGUUUUGACCAGGGCAUUAGUGGACAUCACCUCAUGAAGACCUCCAUGCUCAUCAAGGUGUUGGGCUCGUCUGGGCACUGCUUCCAGAACACGAACCAGGGGCUUCGUAUGCAAAGCAACCUGAUGGUGCCAGUGCUUAUCGGCUGCCCGCCAGGCAAGCGCCUGGCCUUGGACAUCACCUACACGCUGCAAUACAACCGCGUGCAGAACAAACACUACUUCGACUGCGUCAAAGUGGACCAGGAGAUGCCCUGCUUUCUCUUCCGGGACACCUUCUACCCAUUCUUCUUGAUCCAAGAUUUGGUGACGGGCGAUUCUGGCAGUUUUCAGGGCAGCUACGUGCUGAAGGUGGUGGGCGGCGGGCCCACCCUUGACACCAUCAAGGAAUACAGCGAGGAGGAAAUCUACCGCUUCAACAGCCCACUGGACAAGACUGGCAGCCUCAUCUGGACUACGGAGAACACAACGACCACCGAGGACCUGGCCUUCAACAUCAUGUCACACAACAGUUUAGGCAUCGAGUGGCUAUGUCUGGAGAACUCACCGUGCCAUGACACCAUUCCCCACAGCAUCUUUGCCCCUGAAUUCUUCUUCAAGGUGUUGGUGAGCAAUAGAGGUGUGGACGAGAGCACCUAUUGCGACUACCAGCUCACCUUUCUGCUGCACAUCCAUGGGCUCCCGCUCAGUGCCAGGCGGGCCUUCCUCAUCCUCCUGGUGUCAGCCAGCCUGUUUGUCGGCCUGGUGAUUCUCUACAUCAUCUGCUGCCUUCUGUCGCCCUACAUGGUGAAGUUUUGCAAUUUCCUCCGCUGGAAGAUCAACAGCAUCAUUGGCUUAGAAUCUUACUACACCUACAGUACCCCCUCCGACAGCAGGGCCUUCAGCCACUCUGGGACCGUGUCUUGGAGGAGCUCCAGGUUAAACUCCAGGGUUGUCUACAAGGGGGCAGAGGAGAACAAGGCUGAAACUAAGGACGCCUUGAAGCGGAAGUCCACCACCUAA